AUGGAGCAGAGUCAACCCCGGUACAAUGCCAAUCGGCUCAUCGGGAAUCGGAAUAGAUUUCUCAACUACAAGCUUGCGGUGCACGAUGUGCCCAAGGCGUUGUCAGUCAUGAGGGGAGGGAGCGUGUAUGACCUGGAGGUCAUGAAGGGAGCGCGGGACAUCACUGGGGACGGUGGAGUGCGAAAGUUGAUCGUCAGUGAGGGUGUGCACAACGAGAUGCCGGUGAACGGGGACGAGCUGUUCGUGUACUUCAACGGCUCCCUUGCCUGCUUCGACAACGGGACGACCAUCGUGCAGGGGAAGAACAUCAGCGGUACUGAGCUAGAUCUUGAUAUGAUGAAGCUGUGGAGUGAGGCUGUGGUUGUUUGUUGCUACCUUGCUUGUUCGAUCGUGUCCUGUGAGUGCACCAGCUCACCUGCAUGCUUAGGAUUCCAGUUCGAUACGAGCAUGGCUGGAGAAUCCUUGCAGUACCCUCGCUCGUUUGUGCUGGGGUCCGGAAACACCAUCAAGGGCUGGGACAUCGCAGCCCGCACAAUGAAGAGGAAGGAGAGGGCAAGAGUGCUUGUGAGGAGCGACUACGCCUAUGGAGCAAAGGGACGGAAGCUGUACAAUGGGAACGAGAUCCCUCCCAACUCCACCUUGAUGUUCGAGCUUGAGCUGCUGCGGUGGAAUGAGAAGGACCUGAACAACGACGGUGGGAUCCUCAUCUCCUACAAUCAGAAGGAUCACGUGGAUGCUGCCAUGGGCUGGAGGCAUCCAGACAUCAACGAUGAUGUUCUCAUCAUGUACCGUGGCAUGUACAAUGGGAUCGUGUUUGCAGCGAGUGACGGGUUUCAGUGGGUCCGACUUGGCGAGCAGAACCUCGUGGAAGGACUCGAGGAGGUGCUGACGAGGGAAGCGGUGCAAGGGGGCAGGUACCUUGUGAAGCUAGCGCCUGAGUAUGCCUACGGCUCCAUGGGCUACCAUCCUCUUGUCCCUCCCAACGCUACUGUGCAGUUCGAGAUCAUCUUGAAGAAUUGGAACUCUGUGCACGACAUGUUCGGAGACGGGAGUCUGGUGGUGACCUGCCUCGGUCAGCCGAGACAGCCCUACUGUCCGUCCUGCAAGGAUUGCUGCAAGGUGAACAUCUCGUUGGAGGGCAUCGACUCUUCUGGUUAUGUCUUCUACCCGCUCACCAACCUGACGGACGUCGUGAUCGGGAACCGAGACCUGCCGGAGACGAUUGAGAACGCUCUCUCCUUUGUGAAAGAGGGGCAGCGAGCGAGGAUCUUUGUUGGAAGGGAGCACUCAGUAGAUGACAUGAUGCGGUUCCCCUUCGGCCAGUACCUCCAGCAGGACGUUACCUGGGAAGUCGUCGUCCACUCGGUCGCGCGCUCCUACAAGCUCACUCUGCAGGAGAGGCUCCAGGCUGCGAGGAUCCGCAAGCAGUGGGGAAAUGAGCUCAUCAAGAACAACAGGACGCAGGAGGCGCUCAUCAAGUAUGACCUUUCCUUCGAUGCUCUUAAGACCGUCAAGGAUCACCAGGAUGCAUCCGACAUGCUUAGGCAGCUCGCUAGAGGAGACUUCGACUACAGGAACGUGAUCGCCGAGUGCGACGCUGCGCUGAAUAUCAAAGCUUCAUGUGUUAAGGCUCUCUUCCGACGCGGCCAGGCGAACUUGAAGCUGGGGAACCUGGUGGAGGCGAACCACGACGUGAAGAAGUGUCUCGAGCUCGAGCCCAACAACACGGCAGCCAAGAAGCUGCAGGUGAAGCUGCGAGCGCAGCAGCAGCUUGCGGACAAGCAGAGCAGGCAGGUGUUCUCCAAGAUGAUGGGAGGAAAGGAUCGCCGGAACGGGCUGCAGAACCUCUUCAGUGCCAUCGGGUCCAGCAUCUUCGGCAGGAAGGAGGGAGGGGAGAAGCAGCAGCAGAAGGCAGUGGGCAAGAUGGGGAGGAACGAGUACGCCAAGAACGCUGGCAUCCUCCUCCUUGAGCUUUCGCUCAUUCCCUUCCUUGGGGGAGCAUACAGGCUGGGAGGAACCCUGGUGACGGAGAACAAGCUUCUCCAGCCUCCCGCUUCUGCUCCUGCACGUGCCGCUCCUGCUGCUCACCAAGGAAAGAACGGCGUCUUGAAGGCGGCGUCUGCUAUGCGAGGAAGUAACGGGGCGACGCCGUCUCCGGCAGUGCAGUCGGCAGCGCAGGGGGAAGAGAAAGCUGCGGUGAACGGGGUCAAGGAGGCGAAGGAGGAGCCGAAGGAGAGCAGGAAGGAGGAGGUGGUAAAAGAUCGGAGCGAGCCUGCGAGCGCAAGCAGCGUAUCUGCUGCUGCUCCGCGGGAGGCGGGAGGGAGGAACUUCAUCUCGGCUCUGGCCAUGGCGAUGGGCGGGUUCUUGUUCCCUCGCGGGGGGAGGAGGGAGGAGGAGAUCGACAGGGUGAACGCGAUCGACAACCGGCCGAUGCAGCUGAAGGAGUUCGGGGACGGGAAGCAACUGACAAUGCGGGAGAUCCUGCGGAUGACAAAGAACAGAGUGGCGGGGGAGACGUGA